CCGAAUUUUGACAAUAGGUUAAUUGGUUAUGUGUCAAGUUUGAAAACAUUAAAUAGCAAAGAAUUGAAAUUCCAAUAAAAUGCAUUCUUUUUUACAAAGAGGCAAUGCCCUUCUAGCUUAUACGUUAAGUGUAUUGGCCUGUUUAACAUUUGCUUGCUUUAUCACAACGGUGUUUUUGAAUUACAAAACUGAAGCCGAUAUAACCCCUGUUAAAAUAGUCGUGAAAAAUGUUCCCGACUAUAGUGCCUCUAGGGAAAAGAAUGAUCUUGGAUUCUUAACAUUAGAUUUGCAAACAGACCUCACAAACUUGUUCAACUGGAAUGUUAAACAAUUGUUUCUGUAUUUAACUGCAGAGUAUGAAACUGCCAACAAUAAAUUGAAUCAGGUUGUUCUUUGGGAUAGAAUUAUUUUGAGGGGUGAAAAUGCUAAACUGAAUUAUAAAAACAUGAAUACCAAAUAUUACUUUUGGGAUGAUGGAAAUGGUUUAAGAGGUAACAAAAAUAUAACCCUCACAUUGUCUUGGAAUAUAAUUCCCAAUGCUGGAUUUCUACCAAAUAUUUUUGCUCAUGGAUCUCACUCUUUUGAAUUUCCAGUAGAAUAUACUACUUCAAGAAUGUAAAGAAUUGGUUUUUUACUAAUAAAAAAGUGUUAAUUUCUUUUUUUAUAA